CCUCGUGCUGCCAGCUCGGUGAGACACCAGGUCACGUGGCACCCAGGCGAUCGUGCCUAGUAGUGCGCCGGUCACUUCGACGAAAACAUCAAGACCAUGAGCAGAGCUAACAGGGAAUAAAAAGAUAAAAGAUACACCUACACAUAAAACAAACACAGCCGCGAUAUGGGGAAGUCAUUCUCCCACCUCCCGAAGCAUAAAGACGAGACUUGCGACGGCCUCACGUCCGCGCCGGAAUACACCGACUCGCAAAGCGACGAUGCCAAGGGCGGGGACGUGUCCCAGUUUCCCUACGUGGAGUUUACAGGCCGGGACAGUGUCACCUGCCCCACGUGCCAGGGGACCGGGAGGAUUCCUCGAGGCCAAGAAAAUCAGCUUGUGGCCUUGAUUCCAUACAGUGACCAAAGGCUGAGGCCGAGGAGAACGAAGCUGUAUGUGACCGUGUCGGUCAGCGUGUGCCUGCUGCUCUCCGGCCUCGCCGUCUUCUUCCUCUUCCCUCGCACCAUCGAUGUCACCUACGUGGGUGUGAAGUCUGCUUUCGUCACUUACAACCAGACCAGGCGAACUGUCUAUAUCAACAUCACGAAUAUGCUGAACAUCACCAACAACAACUACUACUCAGUGGAAGUUGCCAACAUCACUGCCCAAGUGCAGUUCUCGAAGACCGUCAUCGGUAAGACCCGCAUCAACAACGUCACAUCCAUCGGGCCCCUCGAAAUGCGUCAGAUCGGCUAUAUGGUCCCAACCAUUAUAGCAGAUGAGAUGAGCUACAUGUAUGAUUACUGCACGCUGCAGACCAUUAAAGUCCACAAUAUCGUGGUUAUGAUGCAGGUGACUGUCACCACGACGUACUUUGGGCACGCAGAACAGGUGUCUCAGGAGAUGUACCAGUACGUGGACUGCGGCGGGAACACCACCUCCCUGCACGGGAACUUCAAGGCGUCCAGCUACCUCCCGCCCCCUGAAUAGCCCCUGCCCCCGCCCCCUCGUUGUUAUUUCGUUAACUUGAAGGUACACUGUGUUCUUUGUCCACUAACCGUUACAAGAAAACUUGUUAAAUAUGUAAUAAUGAUAUUUCUGUGCACAUGUUUUAUGAGUAACAAUAAUGUAGACUGUGCUGUGAUAGAAUUAGCUAUUCAAAAAGUUCUGUGAGAGAAAAUGGGUGUAAAUGUAGAGAGAUUUGUUACAUUUAAAACAAGCUAUUUAGACUAACAUGGAAGAUGCAGUCACACAUUUAUGGCACAGGGCAUAGCUUGUUCUAUAGUACUGCUGAAUGAUGCAGUGCAGUGCAAAAAUGAAUUAUUCAUGGAAGUUCUCUGCUCCUGUGGUUGUAACUUGAAUGAUAUUUUAAGUACAACUGUCUGCAUAAUACUUGAUUUAACUUUUAAUCUCUCAUGCAUGAGGUUGUAUGACUGGGACAUGUAAUGUGUAAAGCAUCCACUAGGUGGGGCACUUGGGUCGCUCAUGUCCCUAGUUCCAAGGUGAUGGGAAGUUGCAGUGCAAAUUCAGCUGUACGUCUCAACCAGUUUGACUUUGUAGCUUGUUGUUCCAUAGCGGCUGACCUGGCGGAAUCACACUCCCUGUGCCCCUAGAACUCCUCACUUUAUUUUGAAGGUAUUAAUAAGAAGUGAACCACUUGGUAAUAGACUGGGCUUCGUUAUUGUUGUUGCACUUAUUUUUUAGUUUCUUCUUUGUAAAACUAGGACUUCCUGUCUGAUUGACUUAAGUUACCAGACAGUUUUGGGAUGUUGCUAUUUCUGGUGCAGUGAGACAACCUCUUCCUUCUACUACUUGCUAACAUGUAUUUUAAUCUUCGUUAGUUAUAAAAUAUUGUUUUUUUAUGCCACGUUAAAAUGAGUUUAAGAAAAUCUCAGUGGGAUGAAGUAUUUGCAUUAAAGGUGUCUGAUCUCAGUGCUCACGCCACCUUCCCCAGUCCCACCUGCAAACUGGCCUGUAAGCUUCAUUGUGGCCUUGCUCUGGGACGGUACUGAACAUGUUCUGCCAGUUGAUCCUCUAAUUUGGCCGGCAGUGUACACCUGGAAGGUGAAAUUAGCCCCCCCCCCUUCCCCCUUGAGUGGAACAGUGGAUGGGACAGGUUCAGCUGGUCAGGCAGAGCGAUUGUCUUUUCUGCUCGAGGGCUGUUCAGAUGUAGUUUAAGCUCCAAUACUUGUUAUAUUUUGCACAUAAUUCAUUAUUUUUUAUUUAAGAAAUAUUUAUGUUGAAAGCUAUAUGAACUGAUGUUUCUGCUGUCCUGUCAUGUAUACCUGUAUCUGACACACAGACUGUGCAUAGGAGACUCACUUUGCCGUUCCUUUUAGAUAUUAAUAUUUUGGUACUUGUUUCUUUAAUCCCCCUACUUUCCAUGAAGGUAGCUCUAACGUGUCGGCUUACAAAUGUUUACAUGAUCAAAAAAGUAAUUGAGGUGUGACCUACUGUGUGCUUAUUUUUCAAAGUUUUUAUGUUGGUUGAGAGGCAUAUUAAAAAUAUAUGAUUGAAAGUUAUCGUGUUUGGGAUUGUGUUUGUCAUCAGUUAUGUAUGCUCAUGUGACCCAGAGUCCUGCCGAAGAGCUGUGAUGUUCUGUGGUAAAUCAUUUAUACAGUAUGGUAGCUUUCUGCUCGUCUGAGAAAGUAAUAAAUUGUCCUUUAUUCUCCUCAGUCGACCUUACCAAUUUAUUGGAAAAAAAUGUAAAACACCACUUCAUGGUUUUAUGUGGGGAAACUGCUGUUUUUUUUUCUCCUAUAAAUUCAUAUCUAAUAUUUGUAUAUACAUCCCCCAUAAAAGUCAAUUGUUCCGAUUCCCGCUGGGUCUUAGACACGGUCUGGUGUGUGAGGGGGGAUUUCAGACAGACAUCCACUUAGUCAGGCGUGAUUGAUAUGUGUCAUAUAAAACGCUUCUAAGCUACAGGUCAUUUAAGAUGUCUGUUUUGUGUACAUUAUUUUAUGCUAAUAAAGUAACAAAUAUUCCCUUAA